AUGGUUUUCUCCAUCUGGGAUAAUAAGCCUGCGCUUGCACCUAAUGGAUCAACUGUGAACUUGGCUAACAGUGGACUAGAGCUUACAAGUCCUCAGGGUGAAGAGCUAUGGAAAUCUGAAACCAUUGUUGGUGUUGUUGCCAAUGCGAAAAUUGAAAGAAGUGGGACGCUUUCAUCUCGAUAUUCGGAGACUGACUAUUCAAAGGGACGGCUCCAGCUGCUUCUGCAAGAAGAUGGGAAACUUGUGCUCAGCUCCAUAAACUUGCCAACAGAAUUUGCCAACGAACCUUACUAUGAAACCGACACUACCUCAGGGACUGUGGCAGGUAGUGAAGGUAAAGAAUUGGUUUUCAAUGUCUCAGGCUACUUGUAUGUUCUGAGAGAGAAUGGUGGAAAGUACAAUCUUGCAGGGGAAAAGGUAGUCUCAGCAAGGGACAACUAUAUUAGAGCAACUCUCAACUUUGAUGGGAUUUUCGCUCAAUAUUAUCACCCAAAGAAUUUCACUGGAAAUGUAAGCUGGACUCUUCUGUGGUCAGAGCCAGAUGAUAUUUGCCGAAGAAAUACAGAAGAUUCAGGUUUUGGUAUUUGUGGGUACAACAGUAUCUCCAAGCUCAACGCUGAUAAUAGGCCAACCUGUCAAUGCCCAAGAGGAUUCUCUUUACUUGAUCCAAAGGAACCAUUUGGGAGCUGCCAACCGGAUUUCAUACAAGGCUGUGAAGAAGAUGAGCUUACUACCACAAAAGAUCCAUAUGAUGUAAUCGUGAUGACAAAUAUUGAUUGGCCAAUCUCAGAUUAUGCGGAGUUCAGACCUUUUACUGCAGAAAAGUGCAAUGAAUCUUGCUUUCAAGAUUGUUUGUGUGCUUUUGCUGUUUUCAGGAAUGAAACCUGCUGGAAAAAGAAAUUACCUCUCUCAAAUGGGAGAGUGGAUGUCAGUCUUAAUUCAAAGGCUUUCUUCAAAGUCAGAAAGGAUAACACAACUCUACAAUUUUCUCCAAUGCCAAAUCCAGAUGAUAAGAAGAAGAAGAGCAGUAACACUUUGAUACCCAUGGAAUCUUGCUGCUGUUUGUCUGGGAUUUUCUUCGUUUUCCAGAAGGAACAAGUAAGGUCUAUCAAAAAUAUGUUGGACUCAAAUUUGUGUUCUUUUAGUUACCAACAGCUUCAAGAAGCUACAAAUGGAUUCACAGAAGAAUUAGGAAGGGGUGCGUUUGGAGUUGUUUACAAAGGGACAAUACAAAUUGGUUCUGGUGUCCAAGUGGCAGUGAAGAAGCUAAACUGUGUGAUACAAGAUGGUGAGAAGGAAUUCAAGACAGAACUGAGCGUAAUUGGUAAGACACAUCACAAGAAUCUAGUUUGCCUGGUUGGGUAUUGUGACGAAGGGCAACAUCGAUUGCUAGUAUACGAGUUCUUAAGCAAUGGCACGUUAGCAAGCUUCCUUUUUGCUGAUACAAAACCCAGUUGGACGCAGCGAAUUGAAAUUGCUUGUGGAGUUGCCAAGGGACUUUUGUACUUGCAUGAAGAGUGCAGCACCCAAGUCAUCCAUUGUGAUAUAAAGCCUCAGAACAUACUGCUUGACGAUUAUUACACUGCUCGGAUCUCUGAUUUUGGAUUGGCAAAGCUUUUGAUGAUGAAUCAGAGCCACACACAUACUGCCAUUAGAGGAACAAAAGGGUAUGUUGCCCCUGAGUGGUUCAGGAACAUGCCAAUCACUGCCAAAGUUGAUAACAUUACAUCGGAGAGAAAAAUCACUUAUUUCAAUGAUUUGUUUGGUGCUACACAUAAUUAAGCGGGAUUUUAUGUAUCAAGAAAUAUUAGGAAUCAGAACAAAGAUUAGGAGUAAUGACUGAUUUCAAUCUUAUCUAGAUGCAGUCAAAUUAGGUUAUCAAGAAAUGUUAGACUCAUUCACUCUCUGUUUUCUUACGUGCACUUAAAUUCUGCCAAUUAGAUAAUACAUUGAAUCACGCAAUUCCUCCAUGGCUACAAGCCAAGGUAACAAAAAUUUACAAACCAUUACACAAGACAUUAUUAUGAAAUCCACCACACUUACUAUGAACAAUUUAUUUUUCUUGUAUGUAAAUAUUAAUAGAACAUUUACAUACAUGAUCAUUCAAUUCGAA